CAUCAAGGGAGGUAACACUGUCUCGUCGUACAUUUUCGCGGAAAAUUUAAGAUGGGGAAGUGUCUAUUUUACAGUUAUUUCUAAUCCCCAUGGAAUGAUGGACCCAUACAAAGCUGUUCUCUAAGAAGACCGAAUGACGGAAGGCUAAACAACACCUUGUCUUCAUCUUUUGAGCCUGAAUACAGGUAUAUUACAGUAAAUAUGCGUCGCUCGUCUGCACCAAGUCAGGCCAAGUCACGACCAGUGUUUGUGUCACCAUUACAGAGAAGUCAGCCAUUGGUUAACACCAACCCUACACCAUCGCCUGAUGCCGAUGAGUCAUGCCCAUCAAUUCUUAAAAGAAUAUUUGCAGGAGCACAGGUAAAGCCAGAUCCGUCUGCUAAGGAGAAUCAGGCAGCGGAGACAAAAGACUCCAGUCUCUCUUGCACAGACAAUAUUGUACAGCCUCUAGUAGCAAAGAGACCUCGCUUUGAACCCCCUGUAGGCCCUGUAAGGGCUGCACUUGCCUCCCCCAUCAACACAUUGCAAGCCAGUUGUAGAACUACGCUAACAGUUAAUGAAGAUUCUUCUGUCAAUAGCACAAAUGGCUACUUCAGUGUGGUCUGGUGCAAACGAUCAAAUAAAAAGCACAAGAAGUGGGAAGGAGAUGCGGUGCUUGUUACCAGUGGCAGAUCUGUGACGCUGUUCGACACCGAUGGAAAGGAAAUUGGCAAAUCCUCAGGCUUUAAAUCUGCAGAGCUGAGCUCCCUCAAGGAAGAUGAAACUCUUCCCAUUGGUGGCAAGGAAAUCCAGGUAAUGUCAGUGCUCACAGAGGAACAGUUCAAGUCAGGGAAGUGUUUUAUUGGCACCUCGAGUAGAAACCCUGACACGGCAGGGACGGUACUGAACACUGUUCCUUUGAGGACCGGAGCUUCUAAACCAUUCAGCAUGCCACAGCAGUUGUCUGCCCAUUCUGGGACCACCACACUCAGGACCCCUGAGCCCGUGGUUGUGAAGCCCAGACAUGACCCCUCCGUGCCUGGGACCCUUGUCAUGCCACGCCCUAGUGCCAGUCACCAGUGGGACUCAAACAAGAAAGGGAAGGCAGUGAUAGAUGUGGUAGUGGACCCAUACCUGUCUGUGCAUCUGCGGCCACACCAGCGUGAGGGGGUCAUCUUCCUGUAUGAGUGUGUCAUGGGAUACAGAAACUUUGCAGGGCACGGAGCUAUACUGGCAGAUGACAUGGGGCUUGGAAAGACACUUCAAUGCAUAUCUCUCAUAUGGACAUUAUUAAAGCAGGGACCCUAUGGAGGCAAGCCUGUAGCCCACAAGGUUCUGAUUGUUACACCAGGGAGUUUAGUAAAGAACUGGCAUGCUGAGUUUAAGAAGUGGCUGGGCUUGGAGAGACUUCAGGUGUUUGCUGUUGGGACUGAUAAAAAGAUUGAGGACUUUGCCAUGUCCUCCCAAUACCCUGUGCUGAUUAUCUCGUAUGAGAUGUUCGUGCGGGUCUUUGACACUAUCCACAAAAUGACCUUUGACCUAAUUGUGUGUGAUGAGGGUCACAGAUUAAAGAACACAAACAUCAAAACCACGUCUUUGAUCUCCAGCCUGCUAUGUAAGCAUCGUGUGGUCCUCACAGGGACACCCAUACAGAAUGACCUGCAAGAGUUCUUCUCCAUCGUGGAGUUCUGUAACCCAGGUGUUCUAGGUUCGAGCAGUGCGUUCAAGCGUGUGUAUGAUGACCCGAUAGUGGCUAGCCGGCAGCCAGGGGCCACCAGGGAGCAGCUGUCGCUAGGGGAACAGAGAGGGGCCGAGCUCUCCAGGAUGACACAGAUGUUUGUGCUGAGACGCACUCAGGAAAUCAACAAUAAAUACUUGCCUCCAAAACAGGAGAUAGUUGUGUUCUGCCGGCCUACUUCUCUCCAGUUAAGCCUGUAUCAGCAGUUGUUACGAUGUCAGCUGAUCCGGUCAUGUCUGGCCGGCAGUCUGACAGGCUCACCCCACCUUGUGUGCAUUGGGGCGCUGAAACAGCUGUGCAACCAUCCCAGCAUCCUCUAUGAGAAGUCUCAUGCUGCACAGUCUGCCAAGGAGGAGAGUGGGGACUAUGAGGCAGAGAGAUGCCUGUAUGAUGGCCUGCUGACCCUGUUCCCUGCCUCGUUCUCUAACGACCUUGACCUUGAGCUGCACUCGGGCAAGCUGGCGGUACUCAGUCACCUCUUGCACAGGCUACAUACCGACCACAGACAGGAGAAGAUUGUACUCGUGUCCAAUCAUACAAAAACACUGGACCUAAUACAGGGCAUGUGUGAUCAGAGAGAGUACCGAUACUUGCGUCUGGAUGGACAGACCCCUACUGCCAGACGCCAGGAGUUGGUGCAGCGGUUUAACAGCAGGCAUUCCAACGAAUCCAUAUUUUUGUUGAGUUCCAAGGCUGGAGGCGUGGGCUUGAAUCUGAUUGGUGCAUCCAGACUUGUUCUCUAUGAUAUAGACUGGAACCCUGCUAAUGACCUCCAGGCCAUGGCCCGGGUAUGGAGAGAUGGACAGAGAAACACAGUGUACAUAUACAGGCUCCUCACCACUGGCAGUAUAGAGGAGAAGAUAUUUCAGCGUCAGAUCAGCAAGCAGGGGCUCAGUGGGUCCGUCAUGGAUGUCAGAGACAAGAGCAAUGUGCACUUCUCUUUGGAGGAUCUCAGGGACUUGUUUUCUAUCAACUUGACUACAGACUGUGACACCCAUGAUUUGCUCAGCUGCAGCUGUCUCACUGGUGACCAGUCUACCCAGCAACCAGUUACCAUGGUUACUGAGCAGCGACCCUGCCAGCUGGGCAUUAGCAACAAAGCAAUGCAGAGACGCCAUAAUGUUGCCAUGGAUGAGCUUCUUCAGUGGAAGCACUUGCCAUCAUCAGUGUUGGUGGAAAAACAGGACUGGUUUCUCUCAGAGGCUGCACAUCACGUGUCUUUUGUGUUCCACAGUGAAGUGCAGGCCGGUAGCUGAUGGCCUUAUCACUUCUAUGAAGAGGAUCUUAUAGAAUGUUUCCUUCUCCAAGAAGACUGCUUUAUUCGAUCAAAUGUAACAAUAUAGUUACCUAUAUCUAUCUAUGCUUCAGUGUUGAUGUAACUGGACUGUACUAUAAAAAAAUGUUGACUUAGCAGAAUGUCUGAAGCUUCUGGUAGCUGAAGCAUGCAAGAUGAUGAAUCUGCCAUGAGAUGACAAAGAGUUUGUGAACAUUGUAGUGAUGGAUUCAAUUAUUAGCAAUUGUACAUACAAGCUGUGGAGAUAAUGCUUCUCAGAAAAUGCACUUUGAUCUUUAAAUAUCUGAUAUGCUUUUAUUUAAUGAAAUUGUUUUUGUUUGAUUCUUGCUACAAAAUGUUCAAAGUUUAAGAAGUUU